GUUUGAUAUCUGAAAGCGAUCCGUUCUUCUGUUCGGAAUGUGCCAACCAUCUGGAGGAGCAUCUGCUGUCCCGGAAAAGAGAGUGUAUAAGACCUGCUCAAUGUAUAGAGAUAGGGAGUGGGCCCUUGAUUGGGUGGGGGGCCUACACGAGGCGGGAUGUGGGGCCGCUGUGUUUUUGAAGACCUCCACGAGCAACAACUGGUUCUGUGUUGGAGGGAUUAUUAAAUCCGAGGAUGAGAGGGCGGACGGGCAUAUACGAAAGUUCAAGAGGUUUUUCCUCACAACGGUGUUUGACGAACAGGGAGUGGACCAUGCGAAGUACGACCAUAAAGUCAGCCUUGAUUACAAUUUGUUCAAGGGGUAUGGAGGACCGUCUCAGCCGUCCACCCGGCAAGACGAAGGCACCCCUAUCAUUACAUACAAAAAAAAGGGCUUGACAACUGGUCCAUCUGCUGCCCGCCAGAAGGACUAUGAUGGUGCGUCCGGGAGGGCGGCCCUGCGGAAGGUAAGCGAAGGAUCGGACGAGGAAACGGAGGAUGAUCCUCGGAUUUGUGUUGAUCGGCAUCCGCAGGGUAAUCAUGCCGUGGACGAUGAGGAAUUUGGGGUCGAAAAGGACGAUGUGGAAGAGGAGAAAAGGGAGAGAGAGAGGGAGGGAGAGGAUCGUGAGGAAUCUAUGCAGGACUGCGAGGACGGGGAGUCUCGACAGUACGACGAGGGGGACUAUGGGGGCGAUGGAGAAAACGAUGAUGCCUAUCCUGGCGAUGACGAGGAUGGAGGGCAAGAAGGGUCGACUGAUGUGGAGGUCGAUGAGGGAACAGAAGAUCGGUCGGGGGGCAGUGUGCACAAAAGGAACCGGCGAUCUUCAAUAAGUCCAACGGCGACGACGGAUAAACGCGCUGCGAAGAGACUCACUGUCGCUGCAUCUCGAGAUGCACUUAGAGCUUCUCAAGAGGCGGUCGCUGAAAACGUGAAGAACCGCAAAGGAAAGGCAUCAACCAGGACGACAAAAGCGGAGAAACGUCCACUGAAAAGAAAGCACAUGAUCGAUGAGGGUGACUCCGGAGAGGACGCCGAAGGGGUUGCUCCAAGGGCUCCAUCGGAACAGAGACAACCUUCCGCCGACACCCGUUAUGACGCCAUCGACACAACACGCUGCUUCUUCGUGGAGUUCGAUGAGGAUGGAUUUGCGAAUUAGAAUCGGGAACACAUUCAAGUGGAUGUAACGAAGAUCUUGCCAAUUCCUGAAG